AGCUCAUCACGAAGCGUCUGUAUCGUUCUUUACCGAAACAGCGUGAGCUUAUGGCUGAGACAAUAUUGGAAUAUUCGGUAUUGUGCUAUGGAUUGCAGCUUUUCGUGUUGUAACUUGAAAACGUUACGAUCUCCAUAAACAGUCAAAAUGAGUAAUUUAUGUUGCCAUUCGUGCGACAAUGAAAUCGACAGGUUGGAGCGGGAAAUCAAUAGAGCCAUCGAGCGGGAACGCAAAAAGAUGCGCCGUCAGAUCAAAGUACUGUUUCUGGGGACCGGAGAAGCCGGAAAGUCGACCAUUGUCAAGCAGAUGAAAAUCAUUCAUGGCGACGGCUAUGCCAAUCAGGAGCGGAUGAGUUACGUGCGGCACAUUCAUUCCAAUCUACUGGAAUCCAUCCAGCUUCUGGUUGGAGCGAUGCGCGUCAAGGAAAUCGCUUUCCAAGAUCCGAGUAACGAACACCUGUACAACACGUUCUUGCGAGAUCUCGACUUCAACCAUCUGCAACAAGAUCUCCGUGCCGAAAUACUCCUGGCAAUACGCACACUCUGGCUAGAUGACGGCGUGCAACAAGCCUUCCAACUCCGCAGAGAGUUUCACCUAAGCGAUUCCACGGAAUAUUUUAUGGAGCGAAUUACAAACCGGCCACCAACACCGCCGCCUCUUGACCUCGUCUUGUACCUAUCUGUAGAUGACCAAAUACCAGGUACUGCUACACCGCGUCAAGACACACGAGAAAGGCUUCCAAUUGUCGACCCUAACUAUAUUCCACGAAACAGCGACAUUGUUCGCGUUCGUGUACGCACACGCAAAAUCGAGGAGUACUCCUUUAGGAUUGGUAGAGCCGAGUUUCUCUUGGUGGACGUUGGCGGUCAGAGCACAGAGCGCCGGAAGUGGAUCCACUGUUUCGAAAAUGUGACCCUAAUUAUGUUCAUUGCCAGUUUGUCGGAGUAUGACCAGACCAUGUUCGAAAGACCGGGUGUCAACCGCAUGCGGGAAAGUUUGGCCCUGUUUGACGUCAUACUGAAUUAUCGAGAAUACUUGGGAAAGGAUUCUUAUGGCAUCUGGUUCCUGGAUGUGCCGGUUGUGUUGUUUCUCAAUAAAGCUGACAUUUUCGACCGAAAAAUUGCAAAUAGCGAUUUAUCUGCUCAUUUUCCCGAGUACACCGGGCCAUCUGGGAAUGUGGAAGAAGGAAGGGAAUACAUUCUAACACAAUACAUCGACACUAGAACUGAUCCAAGGAGAGACAUUUUUACACAUUUUACAACGGCAACCGAUACAAGACAAAUGGAGUUUCUUUUCAAUGUCGGGCGCCACAGUAUCUUGCAGAGAGCGCUCACAGAUUUCAACCCCUUUUGAUUAAUGUUUAUUACAAGCACAAAGGUAACGCCGUAACGGUACUGUACUGGGGAAAGAUCACAGCUGACGAUAGCUGAUAUGCUUAAUUACUGAUACGCGUCCGUUCAUUUGUCAUUAACUAAUAUUUCGCAAAUUAAGGUUGAGUAGCAUUUUCCUGGACACUAUUUAUGCUUUUGGCGAAAGUGUGGAAAUGAGUGUUAGUUAUUUGGGCUGCUGCUGUACAAUAUACCAGAUAUUAUCGAUAAUAAAUUUUUACUUUUA